CACACAGCAAUUUUGUAAUAAAAAUGCCAAAGUUGGCAACUCUGGAGAAAAAUAAUAAAUAAUACGCGGCUUUGGGAUUGUUUUUUGUUUACGCUGCGAAAAUGACGAUUUUAUACAAAGUCGAGGGCAAGGACUUUAGCAAGGACAGUGUCUUCCCGCAGAAAGUGGUCCUCUGCUCCGUGUCUGCUCGUAACAUCGUAGCGUUCAGCGCCCUGCAGAGUGGCAUCGUAUCCUCGUCGCACGGCGGUGGAGAUGCCGGCGACGCCUCUGCGCCAAGAACAAGCCUGGAUGUGGCCGCCAGCAACGUGUACGUGUGCGACAUCGUGACGCCGUGGGAGUACUACAAAGUGUGCUCCUCCAAGUCGCUAAUCAGCGUGCUCCAGUGGAGUCCCAACGGCGAGCAGCUGCUUCUAGGCUACAUCGGCGGGCGCGUAGAGAUCUGGCAGCCGCGCAACCAAUCGAUCAACCUCUGGGUGCUCCAGUACCACGCCACCGUGCCCAGCGAGGACAUUGUGCUGGCACAGUUCUUCCAUAACGGCAAGGGCGUAUCCUUCAAUCCGCAGAAGAAGGAGCACACUUACUAUGCGGAGAAGUUUGAGCGUCUAGACGAUCGGCCGACGCUCUGCGGCUUUGGCGGGGUGGCCAGCGAGGGCUGCAUCCUGCUGACCUCCUCGGGGCUGCUCGCCGCCUUCUGCCUGCCCAUGUUGCAGAAGGCAGCCGCCGCUGGCGGUGCCGAGGGUCCCACCCACGAGGUCCUAGAGCUCACGCCCACCCUGCACAGCAUCGGCGUCUCGCGCAGUUUUAUCGAGCACUGCAGUCUGACGCCAAGCCCCAAGGGGGCGCUUAGCGUGGCCUUCAGCUGCGGCUGGCAGCAGCAGCUGGUGCAGUGCUUCAAGGUCUCGCUGUCCCUUGAGGGAGAACUGGGUCUAGAGCAGCACCUGGCCAUAAAGUCGGAGUCGCAGACCAGCAUCUUUCUGGGUCCACUGGACGGGCGUAGGAUCAGCCACCUGAAAUGGACGCGGGUGGCCAACGAGGAUGUGAUCUUCAUAGCCUACGCCUGUCCGGAUGGCGCCGGCAGCCAGCUGGAGCAAUGGACACUGACGCGUCGCCACCAGACGGUCCAUGCAUUGCUGCAAGGUGGAGGCGGCGGCGGUGGAGGAUCCAACACCAAGCCCAACGAGUUCGUGCAAUCGGAGAGCUGGGAGCAGGUGGGCAAGGUACAUUUGAACGCUGCUCUGGCGGAUAUCUGUGUGACGCUUUUUCCUUCCAAAUGCAAUUUUAAGAUGAUUUUCCUUUCGGAGUCUUGAAUUUGCUUUCCUUUGCCGUCCAUAAUUAAAAAUGCAUUGACAAAUCGUUUGACAAUUGCAUCUUUGCCUAUCUUGAUAAUGCAAUUCAAAUCGGACUACUAACUUACCAAUAAAUGCAACUAUAUUCAGCUGUA